AUUUAUCUAUUCAUAUCUUGAACCUUUAAUUGUAUGGACUUUCACCAUCAGUGAUAUGAUCUGAUAUUUAUAGAACCUUAACUCACACUCAUAUUCUACUGUUGUAUUACUUUUAAUCUUGCACAUAUAAAUAUUCAUUCAUUUCACUCAUUUUCAUUUUCAUUGACUCAUUACGCUUCUGAUGAAUUCCCUUUUCACAUUAUUAUCAUCUGGAGAACCACCCAUCGAACCAUGGAGAAGACAAAUCUCCGGUGUGAUGGGUUCAACCUCUCUUGCAUGUUGGAUUGUCUUAUUAAUGCCUCAAUUGAUUGAACAAUGGAGAUUGAAAUCAGCUGAGGGGAUUGCAAUUGGAUUCAUUAGUAUUUGGUUUUUAGGUGAUGUUUUUAAUCUUAUUGGAUCAAUUUGGGCUCAAUUAUUACCGGAAGUUAUCUUCUUAGCGGUUUGGUUUUGUAUUGCUGAUUUCUUAAUGAUCUUUUCAUAUAUGUAUUAUACUCAUAUUUUCCCUAAAAGUCAUAAUAAAGCCAAAAAGACAACUCAUCAUAAGAAGAGUGUUAGUAGUACUCAUUCUGAUCGUGAACGUCAUGCUACUAGUGCUAUAGUUGAUACUGAACAUACACCAUUAGUUCCUAAUCGUUCUCAUGAACAUCAUCAUCAUCAUAGAAGAAGAUCAUCCACCUUGACUGAUAUUGCUUUGGACCCCGAAUAUCAUUCAAUCUUUACUAAAUAUGUGUUACCUAUUUUAUUCGUUUGUGCAACGGGGAUUGUCGGAUUCUACUUAGGUAGUGUUAUUCCGGAUGAAAAUGAUGAUCCAACUACACCAGAACCAAUCCCAACACCAGAUAUUCAAAUUGGUCCUCAAGUUAUGGGAUAUCUUUCAGCAGUAUUAUAUUUAGGAGCUCGUAUACCUCAAAUUAUUCAAAAUCAUCAAAGAAAAUCAGUUCAUGGAUUAAGUUUACUCUUCUUUUUAUUCUCUACGCUAGGGAAUUUAACAUAUGCGGGACAAAUUUUAUUCUAUAGAAAUGAUUAUAAUUAUGUGAUUUUAAAUUUAAGUUGGUUAUUAGGAUCUUUAGGGACUAUUUUUGAAGAUUCGAUUAUAUUUUUACAAUUUUAUAUUUAUAAGGAUAAUAAUAAAGAUGAGGAGGAGGAGGAAGAGGAAGAAAUCCAAGCUGCAACAGCUGCUUGAAUGACGAUCAUCCCAAUCUAUCUACAUUCUUCUAAUUUUCACAAUCACUCUAAACAAUAUAUUAAAUAUAAUAAAUAAAAAAAAAAAAUAUACAAUCUCAGAAAGGUAAAUAAAAUAAAAAUAAUGAAUCCAAAUAAAAUAAAUAAUAA